AUGGCCACCUCCGUCCUUAGCAAAGAUGCGCCAGCUCCAAGCCCUCUCAUGUCACAGGCUGUAGUCUACAACGGCAUGGUAUACUGCUCUGGUUCUCUCGGGAUUGACCCUGCCACUGGGAAGUUUGCCACGGGUAGCGUCGCUGACCGUACGGCACAAGCCCUCAAGAAUCCGGAUGCUGUCUUGAAAGCUGUUGGAAGUGGCCUUCAUAAGACAGUCAAAGUCAACAUCUUCUUGUCCAGCAUCAACCACUACAGCAGUGUCAAUGAUGCCUAUGCAAAGUUCUUCACGCAAGAAGUCAAGCCUUGCCGGACCUGUGUUGUGGUAGCCGAGCUACCGCUGGAUGCCGAGGUGGAGAUUGAAGCUACAGGAUUUAUUUGA